AUGGGGUCGUGCGCAAGUCGGCCAACAAAUGGGACCUCUACAUCCCGGGCCCUUGGCGACCUCGACAGCGACUCAUGCCAUCCGAUGUACGCUCCGAUGUGGGUGAUACGUGUCCAAGACGUGUUGAAGAUGACUGGAAGGUUCCCGCCACACCAGGAGUUGAAGCAGCAAGGUCUGCUGCGGGUGCGUGAGCGCAUGAACCCGUGGUCUUGGGCAAUAUUCGUAUCGCACCAGUGGUUAGGCCGCAACCACCCAGACCCCAACGGAGAGCAGCUCAAAGUUUUGCAGGAGAUUCUGCAGAACUUGAUUUCCAGGAAGACCACGGUCGAACACAACACAACAGCACAAUUCUUCCUCAAAGGUCGCAGUUUGACCAAGGCAGAGUGCAGUGAUUUGCAAAACGCUUUCGUUUGGUUGGAUUAUUGCUGCGUGCCUCAAAUGAUUCAUUCUGCUGAAUGUUCACGUGAAGAGCAACUUCAGCACAUAUUUUCCAUUCCCUACUAUGUCGAUGCAUGCCAGAUUUUCGUGGCAUUGGUCCCUAGAAGUUGUCACGAGACAGGAGAGCCUUGCGCAGAAGCCACCUGGAUUCAGCGUGGGUGGUGCAGGACCGAGAUGUGGUGCAAGCUUCUAUCUGAAGCCUCAGACAUUCCCAUUAUGAUGGUCACUUCUGGUGAUUCUGUCGAGUUUGCGACACCUAGGUGGACUUUGAACACGGUCCACUCGGGGCAAUUCGCUUUGGAAGAAGACCGGUAUGCAUGCGGCCAGGUAGUGCAAACAGCUUUGGAUCACAAGUUGUCUCAAUUGAGGCUCCGAGCAGACAUGGAUCGCUUUAGGCUUUUCUUGGCACUCUGGGAAGACCUCAUGGGUCUCCCUGCCCGGCAGCGGAGCUUGCAGGAGUUCUUGUCUGACUUUGCGUUCGGAAGCCUGGACGCAUGCCGAGGUAAGCUUGGUGUAGGCCCCGUAGCAUGUGCCACACUGGCCGGGGAUUGUGAGAUGAUUCGCACACUCGUUUCGGCAAAGGCUUCCCUGCAAACCCGCACACGUGCUGAUGAAGUGAUGGGCGUUAUGCCUGAAUCGACGCCGUUGCACUUGGCUUGCCAAUUCCGCUCGGGGUAUCUGGAGCCCAUCAAGACUCUCUUGCAAUUGCGGGCUGACGUUCACGCAGCACGAGGUGGGACCCCUGCACCCUUGAAUUUCUGCCAGCGAGCAGCUGCUAUUGAACUCCUUGUUCAGCACGGGGCUUCGGUGAAUGCCGCUACGUCCCAGUUGAAGUGGCCACCUAUCCACACCGCAUGCCAGAUGGGGGCACCACCCGAAGCUUUGGCAAAGCUGUUGGAGCUUCGAGCAGACGUGCACGGAAACCCCGGCGGUUCUCCACCGAUUGCGUUUCUCGCAUUCUGGGGCAACUCCAACCCCAACUUGAUCGAGUCGGCUCAGGUGAUGCUCGCCCACAAGGCGGAUGUCAACUACGUCUUCGAACCAGAAGGCAUUUGGCGCUCAAUCGAGCUGGCUUGCCGUGCGUACAGUUGCUGUAGCAGAAAGCCGCCAGGGAUUGUGCACAUGUUUAGCAACUUCAGCACCAACUCUCUGGGCUGGAGCGCAAUGUACGGGUGUGAGGACCUGACGGUUUUCCUCUUGGAGGCACGGGCAGACACCGAGAUCCGGAAUCACCGGGGCCUGCGACCAGUUGAAAUCGCAAAGACCCGCGCGGUGAAACAGUUGAUUGCUGAUCCUCCGCAGCACUACCAGUACCUUUCCGACACGCUUCGCAAUGAAAGCAUGUGA